AACAGGUUCGUCACAAGUUUUUAUUUGCUGCUUGCUAUCGAGUAUGAAUCUAGACGACAAAAGUUGUUUUGAUUCGAUUCGCGAGCUCAUGCGAAGCCCUGGCUUGGUUUCGAAGCUCGAUAACGAUGCAUUAGCAUUGUUGGAAGCUGAUUACGACGACGUCGAUAGUCUGUUGACAUCCACUUUGUCAACUUUUUCGCCUUUCCUGCUCACGUGCGUGGGUAGGGCAAGUAGGCGGAGCCUCAUUUUGAAUACUGUAAUCUCAUGGAAAGAAGCCUCUCAGCGUCUCUUGUUAUUUUUGAUUGAGAAUGGGUAUCUACCGGGAACGUGCGACUGUCAGUGUGCAGAUGGUCACGAGUCGCCAUUGAGUGUGGCAUGUCAUGUUGGAAACCUUCCUGCAAUCUCGGCAUUGAUGCCCGCACGACUUGAUGGUGAUACUGGAAUGACUCUGGCGAGAGCUGCAGUUGCUGCUGGCCAGCUAUCAGUAAUGCAGUUGCUGACUGAAACCGGAGAAAUAGAUUUGAAAUCUGAUGUUGGUCUCGAACUGUUGACUAUGGCUGUUAGGGACAAACGUUUAGCUAUUGCACGGUUUUUGUUGAGACGGGGAGCUCCUCUCAGUGGCUCACUUGUUACUCAACACAGCGUAUUUGUUGGCCAGCUGCUUCGUACGAUGACCGAUUCGGUUGAUGAUGCUGACGCUGUGGCCAGUUUGAAGUCAGUGAAGUUGGAUGUUGCUCUUUUAUGGAAGGCUUUGUCACUUGCCGAAAUUCAAGGAGAUUGGCUGACAGAUGACACAAUGACAAUCACUGAGCUGGAUGUCUCUAAGAAUCAGUUAUCAUCAUUGCCGUCGGCAGUGUUUACUCACAUGAAAUCUCUUCGAACGCUCGAUGCGUCUCAUAACUCACUAGCUGGAUUGGGAAACGACUCAACAAUUAUGCAAUCAACUUCGCUUAAAAUCCUUAAUUUGAGUGCAAAUCAUUUGACACACGUGUCCAAAGUUUUGUUUACACUUCCGAAUCUAAACACAUUGAAAGUAUCUCAUAAUCAUUUGAGAAGUUUGCCGAUUGGCGAUGCCAGCAACAACUGGUCACUAAGUGUUUUAAAGCAUCUUGAUGUGUCUCAUAACAAGCUAAAUGGUCUGCCACUUUCUUUCAAGCAACUUCAGUAUUUGAAGACUUUGGAUGUAAGCUACAAUGAAUUGAAAGAACUCCCUGGCAAUUGGAGUAGCUCUCUUCUGGAAGUCCUAAACGCAUCUCACAAUCAGUUGACUCAAUUUCCUCUGGGAGCUGAAGUGAUGUUGGCUCAAAGUCUAAAGGAUUUGAACCUCAGUCAUAACCAACUAGUCGAGAUAGCAUGGAGUAUCCCUCAACUUGCACGCCUCAUGGUUCUGAACUUAAGUCACAACAGAAUAACAGAAUUGCCACUUCCAAACUGGUGGGCAUGCAGGCAGCUGGAAGAACUGAAUUUAUCCAAUAAUUUGUUGGGUAGUGAUGAAUUGGAUGACCUUGUAGUCAUUGAGAGUCUCUCACCAAGUAGUGAUAGAAAAGCACGGCAGAGGAUCAGGCAAUCAAGCGAUAUAGGCCGUGAGGACAGUGAGAGGCCACAGAAAGCAAAAGUUGAGUUUCCAGUUGAUCUCUUCAAGCAUUGUCUGAAGCGACUGAAACUGGACAACAACUGUUUGGCCAGAGUACCAGACAGUGUUUGCGGUCUAACUGCUCUUACGCAGCUUAGUCUUAGCAACAAUUAUUGUAUUAGCAGUCUUCCCAAUGAACUUGGAAAUCUGGCCAAUUGCUGGUUGAUGGAGCUGCAAGGACUGGAUCUUGAAAAUGUGCCUGACCAUGUUCGACCUGGAGUGGGUCAGGGAUCUACAAAACGUCUGCUGGCUUAUCUUCGUGCCCAGCUGCGUCAGUCUGUGCUGUAUACACGUGUUAAGCUGAUGGUUGUUGGUCUGCAGAAACGUGGAAAGACGUCGCUCUUAAAACGUCUUCGAGGACAGCCACUUCCUACUGUAGAUAUAUCAACAGUAGGAGUAGAUGUGGCUGAAUGGGAGCUACCUGGUUCUUCUGGUGGUGGGAAAGGUCGAAAAUCAGUAAACAAACCCACUAUUGUUUUGAGUACUUGGGAUCUGGCUGGGCAAGAUGUGUACUAUGCAACACACCAAUGUUUUCUGAGCAGCAACGCACUCUAUCUUGCUGUCUUUAGUCUAGAGAAUGGAGAGGCUGGAGUGGCUGAACUAAAACUGUGGCUCCUGAACAUUCAAGCUCGAGCUCCCGACAGUUUUGUGAUUAUCGUUGCAACUCACAAAGACAAGAUGAAAGGCCCCAAUGCGAGCAAGCGAGUUGAUGAGUUGUUGAAAUUGGUCUCUGAUCGCUACUGCAUUAGAGGAUAUCCAAAUAUUAUAGCCAUUCGUGCUAUUUCAAAUGUAACCAGUGAAGGGUUGCAGGAGCUUCAGAACGAUAUUCAAGUGGCUGUUACAAAAAUUCAAGAUCAAGAUACGAAAAUGCCACUUAUUGAGAGGCUUAUUCCUGCUAGUUAUCUCACCUUGCAGAAAUCAGUUUCUAAUGAGGCACAGCGUCGGCGACUCACCAAUGAACACGGAGUCAUUGAGCAGAGUGAGUUUCUCAAGAUGGCUGAAAAAAGUGAAGACAAUGAUAUUCAUGAUGAAGAGGAGCUUCACUUGGCAGCCAAGUUUCUUCAUGAAGCUGGCAUUCUCUUGCAUUACAAUGAUCAACUUCGUCGCCUAUCUAAUCUCUACUUCAUUGAUCCAUCGUGGCUUAUAGGUCUUCUUGCUGAGUUUGUGACUGUGCGUGAGAGGCAUUCAUUUAUCCAGAAUGGUUUUCUUGCACGUCGCAAUGUGCCUUUUAUUCUUCGUGGUAAACGGUACCCUGAGCAGUACGUUGAUCAGUAUUUGCAAAUGCUAGAGCAUUUUGAAAUUGCUCUUUCAAUUGAUAGUGAGCAAAUGCUUGUGCCCAGCAUGUUGCCAGUUAAUAAGCCAGAGGUUCCCGGUGUUUGUUCUCCAUCUAACUAUUUGCUUGAUCAGAUGACCUUUUCUGAGAAAGAAGCUAGUUCUUCUAAUGUUGAUCCUCUGAGAAAUGAUACUAAUGAUUCUGCAGUGCAUCAGGAUGAGGCACUUUUAGUACAGCCAAAGAAGCAGGGAGCUAUUCAAAAGUUUGGUAAUUUUCUUACGAAAUUUCCUUUAGUUUCAUUUAGUCCUCCUGCCCUUAUGAAGAGACGUAGCAAGGAACUAAAGAACCCAUACAGUAGUGCUACAAAGCAGCACGUUUCAAACCAAUUGCAUGAUGAUCGGAAUGCAAGUCCAGGCCCAGUUGUUGCAAUGAAAAUGAAAUCAAUGGAGGAUGAGUCUAAUUCCAUUGUUACUGAAUUGAUGUCUGCUUCUGCUGCCCUUCUGGCAACUUUGGGGAGUGAAGACGAUGAUAACCAAGGUGAUGAUUCCGAUGAUGACAUACUUGACAAGAAGGCAGAUACAGUAGAUAUUGAAUUAGGUUACAAUGAGCCUACUCUUGUAGACUUCAGUAAAGAUGUCAGACUUCGAACUGAAACUAUAGUGUCACCCGAAUUCUCCACACAUCGCUACUACAAAAUGGUGUACAUUCCAAGUGGAUUUUGGAGUCGACUGAUUGUUCGUUUGGUGGUCAACCUGGAACGUGCAGGAUUUGGUCGACCAUUCAGCAUUGGGAAUAGUAAGCCUAAGCAAGACUUGCUGCCACUAGAUCUAGAUGAUGAUAAUGAUUCUGAAGAAUGGAUAAAGACAAAGAAACAAGUAUUUCGAAGCUCAGUUGUUCUAUGGCGUACAGGGGUGGUAGUUGUCCACAGGGGAGGCCAUUUUGUUGUUGAAGCUUUACAGCAUGUGCCACGUGUUAGAGAACUAAUUGCUCGGCAUAUUGGUCAAGCUGGGAUUGAUCCAACGCAGCUGGAUGGUAUUAACAUUGAGGUACAUUCUCGUGGAGUAAAAGACUUCUCUGCCAUGGGAUACAUUGUGGAUCAGGUUGAUGGACUCAUAGAAGACUGGUUUCCUGGGUUGACAGAAGUUGAUCUGUUUGGUGAGCCUCUUGUUUGUCACUUCAUUCCUUGGAAGAACAGUGAUGCUGCUGCUCUUUCUCACACUGACGAAAGUUUAUCUCUUGAUUGUAAUACGCAUCUGUUGAAACUUACUGAUUGUGCUAAAGCAGUUGCAAUAGGAAAUACCAUUCACAGCCCAGUUGGUGAUGUUGAUAUUCCUCUCUCUGAUCUUGUUCCCGAUUUGAUGCUUGCUGAUAUACCACCAUCCAUGCACAUCAACAAAAUGCACUUUGAUUUCAAGGCUACUUCAGACACUCAGCUGGGUGCUGGUGGAGCUGGAGAAGUUUACAUUGGAAAAUAUCACGGCAAGGCUGUUGCUAUUAAGCAGUUUACUGGAACUCAGCUUGCACAUGACAGUAGUCAAAGCAAUCUAGAACCAGGUUCUAUAAUGGCACAACUACGAGGAGAAGAGACGAUAGCAUUGUUGCGAGAGCUCCGCCAGGAAGCUGUUGUUCUCAGCCACCUAAAACAUCCUUGUGUGGUUAGUCUGGUUGGUGUGUCUCUUUCUUUUCUUUGUCUUGUGAUGGAAUUGGCACCAAAGAAGAGUCUGAAUGCGAUUCUAGAUGAAAAAGUGAUUGAAAAGAGAAAGGAAGUAUCUAAUUUUCAUCGUGGUUCUAUGGUGAUGUCAAACAAAAUCAAUGGUGUAGUACUGGGGAAUAAACUAACAUACAGAAUUGUUUAUCAGAUUGCUAGUGCAUUGGCAUACCUCCAUUCUCGAACCAUCAUUUAUCGUGAUCUGAAACCGGACAAUGUUCUGGUGUGGUCACUCAGUCUGGAUGAUACAAUAAACAUCAAGUUGUCUGAUUAUGGCAUAUCACGCUUUGCAUCGCCUUCAGGACUGAAAGGUGAAGAGUUGGGCACUCCAGGAUUUAUGGCUCCUGAGGCAAUGAGAAAGAAAGGCAACGACUCAGCAUUUGAUGAAAAGGUUGAUAUUUUCUCAUUUGGCAUGGUCUUGUUUCAACUACUCUGUGGUGUUCGACCAUAUAGCCAUUACAAGGAGCAGGAGAUCAACCGAGCUGUUUACUCAGGUGAACGGCCAAACUUGAAGAAGUAUACUUCAGUCACUAGCUUUCCAAAGCUUGAGCAGCUCAUGUAUGCCUGCUGGCAAGUUGUUUCGUACGAACGGCCGUCUGCUAGUGCCAUCAUCUCAGAGAUGAAGGAUCCUUCAUUCUCAUGCCUCCAGCACCAGCUACCGAAGCCACAAGAUGAAGCACUUCAUAAAGUUGAUUGUGUGUAUGUCAAGCCAAUGCCUAUCAUAGAGCGACUAAGCAGUGAAAGGGAAAGGAAGCGUGGUGCUCAAACACCCACAAUCGACUUGCCCUGGAUUCUUUCACACAGUGAUGACCGCUUGCUUAGUGUUCUAAAUACAAAGUUGGGCAUCUUCAAGAUAAAACAAGUGCCACUGAAGCGAAGGAAAGUAACCUGCAUAACAUACGUGGAUGGCUGCAUGUGGAUGGGAACGGAAGUGAAUUGUUCCAUUCAAGUAGUCGGACAACUACUUGUUGGAAUGCCCCAAUGUAUCUGGAGUCUUAAGGUUCCAGCACCUGUUCUUGCCUUGACAACAAUAAUAGAUCACAGCACAAGUGAAGCUAAUCAAGAAGUUGUUGUUGACAGAGUAAUCGCUGCUCUGGCAGAUGGAUGUCUCUGCUUGUUUACCCGUUUGCUUAGUUGGACAGAGCUUCAUGUCGAAACCAAAGCCGGCCUAGAAUACGGAAAAGAUUCAUGGGAAUUAAAGAAGACCUUAGAAGUGAGCCCUAACACUCCGCUACACAGCACGGUGCUCAUUCGAGAUCAGACCGAGUUAUGGUGUACGGCAUAUAAUCAUCUCUUUGCCAUAGAUCUUAACAAGUUUGAAGUUGUGCAUAGUGCCGAGAUGUUUAUGUAUCCAAAAAGCUUCAUCACUUGGCUAGUGGCUGAUGAGCACAGUGUGUAUGGUAUUGAUAAAAGAGCACCAUUUGUGCUGCAGUGGGACAUUGCCAGCAGACGGCUGUGUUGGAUAUUGGACUGCAGUCGUAUAUCCCUCGAAGUUCAAACGAAUGUGUGCUUGACUCCUCAUGAGGACAUUUAUCUGGAGACCAUGAACCGAUGUAUUCGUGUCACAGAAUUAGCACAAACCACUAAAGCUCGAGGCUUGGGACAUACGAUAUCCGUCCAACCAGAUCAAGGGCAACGUGUAUCGCAAUGGAAGUCUAUGAAGUCUUCAAGGUCACUUGACUCUCAGCAUCCAACUCAGUCAAGCGAGUCUUUUGCAUCUACAUCAUCUAGAGUAGACAGACAUCACUCUUCGAAAAACUUGGUGUUGAGAGUAGAAGCAGCGAUGCCUCGUCUUCCUCAACGCAUAACCUCGUUGCUAAUCGUGAAAGACACUCUGUGGGUCGCAAGAGGCAUGGGCGACAUCAUCAUACUAAAACGUGACAUAACUAGUUCAGGAGUCUGUCCAGUAGUAGGAGUAUUAAGAGCUGAAGAGAAUCCAGCACAAUAUGGUAACAGUUCUGAUCAGAAACUAACCCUAGUUGACAAUGAGCAAGUUGUAGCCUCCCAGUAUUUGGAGCAAAGGAACUUACAAGACGGAGAGCCGAAACAGCUUAUUGUUGUCUAUAGUGCUUGGGGCUCAUCAGAGUUUGAAAAGCUCUCAUCAUUCCAGCAUCAGCUGAACAAAGCAGAGAGACGGUGUUUCCAGGACAAAUAGCAAUUGGUAACAAUAUUUCUAUUACAAGGAAUGCAUGAUUAUAAAUUUGUAUGCAAGCAGGGCAUGCAUGAUUAUACAUUCGUAUGCAAGCAGGACAUGCGUAGCAUUGAAUGAACUCAUUGUCUAUCAUCUAGUUUACGUAUUUUUCGAAAUGUGUUACUGAUUCGCACUGUACACAAAGUGCUGAUUUUAAUAUGCUGAUAUCGCUUUCA